GGAUUUUUGCUAUACAUCCACAGCUUUUAGGUGAGAGUAAAGUUUUCCAGGUCUUUGUAGAAUGGAUCUCUGCGUGACUAUCAAAGGAGUUUCCUUCCUCUUGCAAACAGGUAUGGGCAUUUUGGGAAACGCUGUGGUGCUUCUAGCAUAUGCCAGCAUGAUCUGCAGCGAACCCAAGCUGCUUCCUGUGGACAUGAUCUUGUGCCACCUUGCCUUUGCCAACUUGAUGCUACUACUGACUCGAUGUGUUCCCCAGACCAUGACCGUGUUUGGCUUGAAGGACCUUCUGAAUGACCCUGGCUGUAAAGUGGUGAUCUAUGCCUAUCGUAUUGGACGGGCUUUAUCUGUUUGCAUCACCUGCAUGCUCAGUGUGUUUCAGGCAUUGACAAUAGCUCCUGCAGGACCCAGAUUGUCCAGGCUGAAGCCCUCUCUCCCUGCUCUGGUCCUUCCAACCUUUGCAGGGCUUUGGCUCCUUAACAUGGCCAUUUGUAUUGCAGCUCCUUUCUUCUCAAUGGCUCCACGUAACGGCACCAUCCCUGCUUUCACCCUCAACCUCGGCUUCUGCCAUGUAGACUUCAGAGACAACCUGUCCUAUGUUAUUAAUGGAGUAGCUGUUUCUGGGAGGGAUUUUGCCUUUGUAGCCCUGAUGUUGGGCUCCAGCGGUUACAUCCUCCUGCUUCUACACCGCCACAGCCAACAAGUGAGGGGGAUCCGUCGCUCUCAUGGCAGCGGGGCAGAAACUAGGGCGGCCAAAACUGUGGUGACCCUGGUAGUCCUCUACGUUGUGUUCUUUGGCAUUGAUAAUGUGAUCUGGAUCUACAUGUUGACGGUAUCAAAGGUUUCACCAGUGGUGGCUGACAUGAGGGUGUUCUUCUCUUCCUGCUAUGCCUCCCUCAGCCCCUACUUCAUCAUUUCAUCCAACAAGAAGGUCAAGAGGAAGAUUGUGUGCGCAGCAGAGCACGACCAACCAUUAGUGGACACUCAGGAAUCCGAUGAGAAAUGACUCUGCUCCUGUCUUGACAACUUGUCAUCUCAGAUGCAUUGCAACAAUUAUUCUCUUUCAAGCCUCUUAUUUGGAGUACUUUUAAAAUUUGACUAUCAUUUAGCACCUUACCAGUCCUUUAGGUUUCAGAAAUUCUGCAAUGGAUUGCUGUUAUUUCAAAAGAAUAGACAAUAUACAGGAUUUUUUUUCUAUGUAAAAACCAUGACAAGAUUGUAUCUUUAAUCCUUUA